CAGGACGGUAUGCAAACCUUGACCCGCGGGCCCAAGGUGCAGGACGCGCCGGAUGCCGCCACGCUGCUCACCCACGGCGGCGCCGUGACGUUCGACAACGUGAGCUUCAAUUACAAUGGCGAACGCCAGGUUCUCGAUGGCCUGAGCUUGAGCAUCCGCCCAGGCGAAAAAAUCGGCCUGGUGGGGCGCUCCGGUGCCGGUAAAUCCACGCUUAUCAAUCUGUUGUUGCGCUUCUAUGACGUGGACAAAGGGCAGAUCUGCAUCGAUGGGCAGAAUAUCGCCCACGUCACCCAGGACAGUCUGCGCAGCGCCAUCGGCAUGGUUACCCAAGACACAUCCCUGCUGCACCGCUCGAUUCGCGACAACAUCGCUUACGGGCGCCCCGAUGCAACCGAUGAGCAAAUCCGCAGUGCCGCCGCGAGUGCCCAGGCUGACGGCUUCAUCAGCCAACUGAGCGAUAAACAAGGCCACUGCGGUUACGACACGUUGGUGGGUGAGCGGGGCAUCAAGUUAUCCGGCGGCCAGCGCCAACGGGUCGCCAUCGCCCGCGUGAUGCUCAAGAACGCUCCGAUCCUGCUGCUUGACGAGGCCACCAGUGCGCUGGAUUCGGAAGUCGAAGUCGCCAUCCAGGAAAGCCUGGAUGAAAUGAUGAAGGGCAAGACCGUCAUUGCCAUCGCCCAUCGACUGUCCACAAUCGCCGCCAUGGAUCGACUGAUCGUCAUGGAUAACGGUCGCAUCAUCGAGCAAGGUAGCCACGCCGAGUUGCUAGAGAAGAACGGCACCUAUGCGCGGUUAUGGCAUCACCAGAGCGGCGG